GAAAGAGGUCUCUUUGUUAAGGCGAACUGGACGUAUCGUUUUUCGUAAAGGUGUCAUGGCUUGUCAAACCCAGCUUUAGGAAAACAAGAACAGCUGCAGAUGGAACCACGAAAGCUACAAAUCUACAACUGCCAUUUUAGCAAUGAAAUUUAAACGGUUGUUAUAGCGCUGCUGACUUCCCUCUGUAUACAAACAAAACAGCCUGCAGUUCUUAAGGGCGUUCUCUGAGAUAUUUGUUAUGCAUUUCCUCAUAAUUAUAUUUGUGAGAGUUAAGGAUGCUGCUUAAUGUCAUGGGGAAAUGCUGGACCUUAAAGGGAAAAUAACGCAUUUUCCCCGUAAGAUAACUAGCUAUCAUGAAAGAAGACGAUUGUUUUAGCACAGAAAUGCAGUCCAAUGCAAGCGUCCGAAAGGGAAAACUUUCUUGCAGCCUGGAGUUGAAUAACGGAGGGCAGUGGGACAUUCCUGAGAACACACUCUCGUCCUGAUUUAAUCCUUCAGUUAGGAAAGUGAAACCGACAUCUGGAGCAAUGGAGACCGUUGGAAAAUUUGAGUUCAGUAGGAAAGACCUUGUUGGACACGGCGCUUUUGCUGUCGUUUUUAAAGGCAGGCACAGAGAGAAACACGACUGGGAGGUUGCAGUAAAAUGCAUAAACAAGAAAAACCUGGCGAAAUCCCAGACUCUCUUGGGAAAAGAGAUUAAAAUAUUAAAGGAGCUGAAACACGAAAACAUUGUUGCACUGCACGACUUCCAGGAAACGGCAAGCUCUGUGUACCUGGUAAUGGAGUACUGCAAUGGGGGAGAUCUGGCAGACUGUCUUCACUCCAAAGGCACGCUGAGUGAGGACACCAUCCGCAUCUUCCUGCACCAGAUCGCCGGGGCCAUGAGGGUCCUGCAGGCCAAGGGCGUGAUCCACCGUGACCUGAAGCCCCAGAACAUCCUCCUGUGCCACGGAGGAGGCCGCAAGUCCAGCCCCAACAACACCUGCAUCAAGAUAGCUGACUUUGGGUUUGCGCGGUACCUACAGAGCAACAUGAUGGCUGCUACGCUCUGCGGCUCUCCCAUGUACAUGGCUCCUGAAGUCAUCAUGUCCCAGAACUACGAUGCCAAGGCUGACCUGUGGAGCAUAGGAACCAUUGUGUUCCAGUGUCUAACCGGGAAGGCCCCAUUUCAUGCUAGCAGCCCCCAGGACCUAAGGCUCUUCUAUGAGAAAAACAAGAACCUGAACCCCAACAUCCCAAGAGAGACUUCCAGCCACCUGAGGCAUCUUCUCCAGGGACUUCUGCAAAGGAAUCCGAAGGAUCGCAUGGACUUUGAUGAGUUUUUUCAACAUCCCUUCCUCGAGUUGACAUCGCCCAUAAAGAAAUCGGCGCUCACUCCCGCGCCCUCGUGCCCGAGCUCUGGAUCCGCCAGCUCCUGCAGCAGCUCCUCCACCUCCCACCUCGCCUCCCCUCCGCUGUCGGUUGCCGAGAUACAGCAGCUUCGCCCCAGAGCCCCACCCUCGCUGUCUCAGGAUUCCCCCGACUUCCUGCUGAGGGGCUCUGUGGGCGACAGCAGCAAGGACUCGUCCUGUGACACGGACGACUUCGUCAUAGUCCCCGCCCAGCUCCCGGGUGAGCUCACUGGUGAGGUGCAUGAUGGGAAGAUUGUUCAGGACAGCUUGAUUUACUGUGGGAGCUCUCUACUGACCUCUGGUGGCCUGGGGAGUCAGCUGAAGACCCCGCCCCCCCUCCCCCCCAUUCAGCUCCUGCCGUGGAGGCAGCAGACCUAGAAUUCUCAGGCUGGUAACCAUGGCAGCUAUGGUCAGUCAUCGCCCAUUCCUGUCCCCUCACAAAUCCACAACUACCAGCGCAUGGAGCACAACCUGCCCUCCCCCAGGGGGGCGCCACCCGUCCGCAGGUGCAGCACGGCGGGGGGCUCCCUGUGUUUGGGGAAGCCCGGAGCUUCACCCCCCCGUCCAGGAGGCCAGGGGGCCCACAGGAUGUCUGUCGGAGGGUCCAGGGCCCUCGCACCUUCCCCUCAGGCCCUGCCGGUCCGGGAAGCGCAGCAGUCCCCUUCCAAGCAGGGCCUGGGCUCACGGCUACACAGCGCCCCCUGCCUCCUGGAGGCCAGCAGCAACUGCCGACACAAAAUCCGCAAGCAGCAUUCGGACCCCCUGGGGCAGGCCAGACCCCUGCACCCCUCCCCCCGGCUGAAUGAGCUCAUGCACAGGAGCCCGCUCCCCACUAUUCUGGGGUCCCCCUCCAAGAUUAUGCCUCCCUUCGAAUUCCCGAAACCCCCCAGUUCCUCGAACCUGGUCACUUUGCUGGUGCACCAGGGUCUGGUUCUGGCUCCGGCCUACGACAGGGCAGCCCCAGACCUCAGUGAGCCUGCGCUGCCCCCUGGUGUUCAGGCUGGCCCCUGUUUCGGCAGGCCUGGAGAGGAGCUCAAAGGGGUGUAUGGCAGGUCUCUGAGCGCCGGCCGUCUCUCAGACCUCCUCCUGAAGGCAGCUUUUGGGCCUCCGCUGGUGGAGACGGACGGGAGCGAGAGCUUCCCGCCCGAGAAGCCCCUGGAUUUCACAGCGCCCCCCGGUGGUGGAGGCAGUGAGGGCGGGGCGGUGGCUGGGGGUGGCAGUCCCACCCGUGCGGUUUUCACCGUCGGAUCUCCGCCUCACGGAAGCACCCCGCCGCUGACUGCGCACGGCAGAAUGUUCUCUGUAGGCUCCUCUGGCUCCCUCACUUCGGCCGGGUCCCUCAGCAGCCGUCAGACGGGCAUGUGCGUGGACGGCUAUGAGGGUCCUUCCAGCCCGCGCCGCGGCUUCACUGACCCCGCCGCGGCCAGCCUGGAGGGAGCGGUCACCUUCGAGGCCCCCGAGUUUCCAGAGGAAACACUGAUGGAGCAGGAGCAGUCGGAGGUGCUGUGCAGUCUGCGCUUCACCCUGGCCUUCGCGCGCUGCGUGGCGGAGAUCGCGGGCGGUAAGAGCGGGGCGCCGGAGCCCGGGCACCCCCCCGCCCCCCGGCCCCCGCCCCCCGCCCCCCGGCCCCCGCACAGCCUGGUGGCCGACCAGAUCAGCCUCCUGAGCCGAGACUGGAGCUAUGCAGAGCAGCUGGUGUUGUACAUGAAGACAGCGGAGCUGCUGUCGUCCGCGCUGCACACAGCCAUGAAGCGCAUCAGACAGGGUCUGCUCUACCCCUCCUCCACCGUCAAACAGGUGGUCAGGAGGCUGAAUGACCUGUACAAGUCCUGCGUGAGGUCGUGCCGUUGCCUUGGCGACCAGCUGCAGCCCUUUUUCCAGCACAAGCAGCAGCUGAUGGACAGAGUGGACAGCUUCACCGCCGAGAAGCUGAUCUUCAGCCACACCGUGCAGAUGGUGCAGUCGGCAGCACUGGAUGAGAUGUUCCACCAGGGCGGCGCCUCGGCGCAGCAGUACCGCAAGGCCCUGCUUCUGAUGGACGGCCUGUCGCUGCUCAUCACGGACCAGGCCGACGCCCUCAGCAUCACAAAGUGUAAGCAGUGUAUUGAGCGCCGUCUCUCCGCUCUGCAGUCAGGACCUUGGCCCUGAAGCCUGCGCCUUGCAUUCUGGGAUCACAGCCACCUUGUCAUGGAGGACCCAACCCCCCCACCCCCCACCAUUCGUUGCUGAAGAUGUUGGAAUUCUGGGAACCCUCUUUACCCCCCCCCCCCCCCCCUUCUACUGGAAGCCAUGUUGGUAGGCUCCAUUAUGCAGCUAUGCAGUACUGUGACAGGUGGGGCACACAGGAGGCCACUUUGUCUGUGCUGAGGAUGAUGUUACUGCUUAUGUCAUCAGCUCCAUAGUGACCUCAAAAACAGAGCUUGCCGUCAUUUGUCACCACAAAAACAUUUGCAAACCUGUCAGUCGUGACACCGAAGUGUGUGUUAAAGGGUGAAACUGUGUGUGUGUGUGUGUGUGUGUGUGUGUGUUACUCCCUGAACACAAGUGAGCGUCUGUGUCUAGUACACUGAGUUAAUGUAGGAGAAUGAGCGUAUUGCUGGAGUUGUUUUCAGUCAUGGUUAGAGGGACUGUUCUGUACCUCCGUAGUCAGACCCUGGUGUUGUGCCUGAAGGAGCCUCAUGUGUGAAGAGGCCCCACUGUGGUUAGCAACACUGCUCAACCUUCCCAACACUCACUGCCCCGAUUUUCACAGCCUACAGUGCGCUGUUAUCAUGGAGCAGACAGAGUAAUUAUGCGUCAGAAUCAAAGAGCCAUGCCUCACACUUGGGAGAGACGUGGCAGAUAACCAAGACACACCAAUUAAGCCCUGGCUAUAAAACACCCCAAAUUUGUUUUGGUUUCUAGAGAAACCAAGAAGCCCUCAUCGCAUGUUCUGCUGCAAUGAUUAUAUCAGUCGUUUACAAGGUUUUUGCAGUUCUACCUGUAAGGUCAACUUCCCUGGUGCAAAAUCCAGCUAUGACCAGCUUGAAACUAUCAGCUACAGUACCAGCUGUUUCAAAAGAUACCUUGAGCUGGUCAAACCAUGUUGAGUAUGGAGCUGGUCUGAACUGGUCAACCAGCUACCAGCUGUUUCAGAAUCUAGCUUGAGCUGUUCUUUUCAGUCGGGUUCACAAUUCAGACCAGUCGGAGAAAGAGGGCAUUUAUCUGGGUUUCCUCGUUCCCGAGUUCAGUAGGCUCGAAAAGAGGAGUGCUUCUGACCUUCUGAGUGCUUCUGAGUGAAGCAGGUCAGCCACUAAUCACAAACCUGCUGAUGCCAGAGCUCGACGCUGACCUGGCAAACUGGCUCCACGACAAUCCUGUUUGUCUUUUGGUUCACAACGACCGCGUACCCCAAGGUUCAUCAAAUUUCUUUCCUUGAGGGCCAAGAACUGGGGGGGGCAGGUUUACAAUCCAAUCCCUCACCCUUUGGUGUUUUUCUUCUACACUGUAAAAACCAAAAAAUACAACUCCAAAAAGUAAAUUGCAACAAGUAUUUUAGUCUUAUAUUUUGAGCUAAAUAAGACAAGAAAAAUAAUAUUGCCAAUGAGGUGAGACAGUUUGACUAAUUUCAAGAUUUGCCAAUGAGGAAAGAAGAUUUCACUUGUCAAGAAAACAGUAACUUAAAACAAGGUAUUCGUUUCUACUUGAGAGGAAAAAAAUAAGAUUCAAAGUCUCCUUACAAGCCCAGUGUAUGUUCCCAUUAAAUGCAGGAACCAAAAAUAAAUAAAGGAAGAAAGCUUUCCGGCCCAUUCCGAUUCUCUCCGAGGGACACAGGAAGUGCUGUCGGCUCUUCAUUUUGGCUCAGGCUAUGGUGUUUUCUCCCAAAAAAGCGACCUCCUUCAUCCUUCUCUGACCUCUAUGCAUGUUACAGACUGUGUCAGCUGGACCUGGAGCCCGUUCGGACCGAAUGCUCACAGGAUGGAACAUUCUGCCUGCAUCCGGCUGUUGUGUGUUUAUUGCACUGUCGUCAGACCUGUUGGUGAGCGUUGGUGCAACAGAGGACCAGUGCACCCAGACACAAUGAUAUAUUGUUACAUUAUUACAUUACAUUCGAGGCAUUUAGCAGACGCUCUUACCCAGAGAGACGUACAACGAAGUGCAGAUCGAACACCGGGACAAGUGCGAUGAGGACCCUCGUUCCCACGUGUUCCCUUUUCGGUGUGUGUGGAGAUUUCAUAGAUAGAAGUGUUACGAGUAAUUCUCACUAGUUUUAGUGUGGCUGCUGUUCAGUGUGUUUUGUUGUUUUUUUGGCUGGUUCCCCAUGUGGUCUGUGCUUUUCUGCAUUUUAACUUACAAAAAAAGUGUUGAAGCUAUACAAAAGAAGAGAAAAAUGUGCCUUUGAGAUUACAAAAAAAUAAGAAAUGAAAUGUAACAACAGUACUGCAAACAGUACUGUGGUUCACGUCAAUUUCUGCUGUUUAUUUUCAUGUUCACCAUUUUGCUAUGAAACAGCCAAAAUGGGAUUGAAAAUGAUUCUGUUUUUGUUUGGCUUCAUGUGUGGCUGAAUGCACGGUUGUGCGGAUGUGAUUGGGCGGUAAUGGUCAUGUGGAAGAAUGGCUUGGGGAGGGGAGGGGACUGUGGUGGUAUGGAGAAAGGAGAGAGGAGGAUUGAGGAUGAGAGCUUGGAACUUCAACAGGGAUGAACAUCUCAUCCCUCUCAUGAGUGCGUAAGUGCAAUAAGGACUUCUACACAAAAACACAUUUUACUGUUGACCAGAACCAAUAUAAAUGUACAUAAUACUUGAAAGAGUUUGCCACUUUCUCUCUCUGUCCAUAUCUCUACAUGAAACGUGCUCUCAUUCUAGACAGAGAGAACAAGAAAGUGUCAUGCAUAUUUUAUAUUUAUGUUCCUGUAUCGCUUGUAAAUACGGAUUGUAAAUUGAUAUUUAUUUCAUUCAUGGAAUGCAUGAAGAAGCUUGUCCCUUUUCUCACUGCUGUUGCUAUGCAGUUUUGUUGCUAAGCAGUUGUAAUAUAUGACUAAUUGUGUAUAAACACUAAAACUCACUUUAUGUUACUUUCCAAAGUAUGUAAUGUAGCAUUAUUUGCUUUGAAAGCUGCAAAACAAAUAAAGGUCAGCGAGUUGAA